AUGGUACCCAAUGACAGCCAUCAAUAUAUGGCAAUCAUCAGCUUACUAAAGCAUUUUGGAUGGACAUGGGUUGGACUUUAUGUUGUAGAGGGUGACGGUGGAGAAAAAUUCCUGCAGACCCUGGAACCAUUGCUGUCUAAAUAUGGAAUCUGUUCAGCCUUCUUCCAAAAUAUACCACAAGUAGCCCAUUUAGAUAAGCUGGGUAAAACGAUGGAUGUGAUCUUGGAUCUCUCUCUCUCUCUAAGAGAUAAUAAAGUCAGCGCAUGUAUAAUCUUUGGAGAAAGUUUAACCAUUGUUUGGAUGAGAACUGCUAUAUUUUUUAGUGAUCCUGAAAAUAAGAAAAGCUCAUCGUUUAGAAAGGUUUGGAUCAUAACAACCCAGAUUGAAUUAAUAUUAACAGGUCUUCAAAGGUCUUGGGAUCUUGAUUCCUUUCAAGGUGCAAUUUCCUUAACAAUUCACUCAGAACAGAUUCUAGGGUUCAAGACGUUUCUUCAGAAUAUAAAGCCUGAUAGAAUAGACAGAGAUGGUUUCCUCAAGGACGUCUGGGAGCAAGCAUUCGACUGUACAUUGCCAAACCCCAGUGUGCCUUUGGAUAGUAAUGAACAUUGUACUGGGGAAGAGAGACUGAAGAGCCUUCCGGGGGCACUGUUUGAAAUGGGCAUGGCUGGCCACAGCUACAGUAUCUACAAUGCUGUCUAUGUUGUGGCUCAUGCUUUGCAUGCCAUUGUCUCAACUAGAUUGAAGCAGAAGACUUUAAUGGCAGAUGGAAAGUUGGAUCUUCAAGACUGGCAACCUCUGAAGCUGCAAACUUUUCUUUGUGGCAUUAUAUUUAAUAACUCUGCAGGAGAAACAUUGAGUUUCAAUGGUAAAAAGGAAAUGGAAGGUGUAUUUGACAUCAUGAACAUAGUCACAUUCCCAAACAAGUCCUUCCUUCGAGUGAAAGUUGGUCAAGUGGACAAUGAUGCUCUUGAAGCAAGAAGAAUCAUCAUUCAUGAGGACAUGAUUAAAUGGCACAAGGGUUUUAACCAGGUGGUACCUAUUUCUGUGUGUAAUGACCGCUGCUCCCCUGGUCAUCAAAAGAAAAAUAAGGAAGGGAAGAAAUUUUGCUGCUACGAUUGUGCUCCAUGUCCAGAAGGGAAGAUUUCAGACCAGAAUGAUAUGGAUGACUGUUUCAGAUGCCCAGUAGACCAAUAUGCAAACAGGAACAAAGAUGGAUGCAUCUCCAAAACAAUGAGCUUUCUUUCUUAUGAAGAACCCUUAGGGAUCAGCUUAGCCUCAAUUGCUAUUUGUUUCUCCAUUGUCACAACUUUAGUCUUUUUAGCUUUUGUGAAGCACAGAGAUACACCCAUUGUCAAAGCCAACAACCGAGAUCUCACCUACACUCUCCUCAUUUCUCUUCUGCUCUGCUUUCAAUCUUCUUUGCUAUUCCUUGGCAAACCAGGGGAAAUGGCCUGCUUCCUCAGACAACCUACUUUUGGCAUCAUCUUCUCUGUGGCUGUUUCUUGUGUGCUGGCCAAAACCAUUACCGUAGUUGUAGCUUUCAUGGCCACCAAGCCAGGGUCCAGCCUGAGGAAGUGGGUGGGGAAAAGACUGGCCAACUCCAUUGUCCUUUCCUGCUCUUUGAUUCAAGCAAGUCUGUGUACUCUCUGGUUGGCAACUUCUCCUCCAUUCCCAGAUUUAGACAUGCACUCACUAAUGGAAGAAAUCACUGUGCAAUGUAACGAAGGGUCUGUGACCUUGUUUUCCUGUGUCCUGGGCUACAUGGGCCUCCUGGCUUUCUUCAGCUUCCUCUCAGCAUUCCUGGCCCGCAAAUUACCUGACAGUUUCAAUGAAGCCAAGUUCAUUACCUUCAGCAUGUUGCUGUUCUGCAGUGUUUGGUUGUGUUUUGUCCCAACCUACCUGAGCACGAAAGGGAAGUACAUGGUGAUGGUGGAGAUCUUCUCCAUCUUGGCCUCCAGUGCUGGCUUACUGGGCUGCAUCUUUGCCCCAAAAUGCUAUAUUAUCAUGCUGAGGCCAGAGCUGAACAACAGAGAGCAACUAAUAAGAAUAAAGAAUUAA